AUGGCGGCUAAGAAGGUGCACGAAUCGGUGAUCUGCAAGGGGCUGAUGGAGGAGGUGCAGCGAUGGGGCGGCAUGAAGCAGACGGGGGUGAGUCUGAGGUACAUGAUGGAGUUCGGGUCGAGGCCCACGGACCGGAAUUUGUUGAUCUCCUCUCAGUUCCUCCACAAAGAGCUCCCUAUUCGGAUUGCGCGCCGUGCUAUUGACCUACAAAACCUCCCCUACGGCCUCUCUCUCAAGCCCGCUGUGCUCAAGGUGCGAGAUUGGUAUUUGGAGUCUUUUCGUGACCUUAGAUCCUUCCCUGACAUAAAGAAUAUAAAUGAUGAGAGGGAGUUCACGCAAAUGAUUAAGAUGAUCAAGGUGAGGCACAACAAUGUUGUUCCUAUGAUGGCUUUGGGAGUUCAACAGCUCAAGAAAGAUCUGAAUCCUAAGGUUGGGUAUCAGGACCUCGGCGAAAUUCACCAGUUCCUCGACCGCUUCUACAUGUCAAGAAUUGGGAUUCGAAUGCUUAUUGGGCAGCAUGUGGCCUUGCAUGAUCCCAAUCCUCUUCCUGACUGUAUUGGGUAUAUACAUACGAAAAUGUCACCUGUUGAGGUUGCACAAAAUGCCAGUGAAGAUGCCCGUUGUAUUUGCUUCCGAGAGUAUGGCAGUGCACCUGAAGUUAGCAUUUAUGGAGAUCCCAAUUUUACUUUCCCGUAUGUCCCAACACAUCUACAAUUGAUGGUGUUUGAAUUGGUUAAGAACUCCUUGCGUGCUGUCCAAGAGCGAUACAUGGACUCGGACAAGGUUGCACCUCCUGUCCGCAUAAUAGUAGCUGAUGGUUUGGAAGAUGUUACGAUUAAGGUUUCCGAUGAAGGUGGUGGAAUACCAAGAAGUGGCCUUCCUAAAAUCUUUACGUAUCUCUACAGCACUGCAAGGAACCCAUUGGAUGAGCUAUCAGACCUCGGUACUACUGAGCUGGCAACUCUGUCCCCGUUGGCUGGUUAUGGGUAUGGGUUGCCAAUAAGUCGCUUGUAUGCUCGCUACUUCGGGGGAGACCUGCAAAUUAUCUCCAUGGAAGGAUAUGGGACAGAUGCUUAUCUUCACUUGUCACGGCUUGGAGACUCACAGGAGCCAUUGCCUUGAGAGUACUACUGCUACUGCUGACACUGGGAUUUUUAGCAUAAUUUAAGUGCUGUAAAUAUGUUAUUUAAGACACCAAGUUGCAACCCUUGUUCACAUGGGAAACUCUAAUGUUGUAAUUGUCAAUUUCUCAUUGUUGUAUGAAUUGCUGCUUAUAUUCAACUUCACAAUUAUGCCUA